UGUUGUACAACCUUAACAAUUUACAAUAUUUAUGGCUAUGGGUUAUUCAUUCAGCUCGGCGCACAGCUGUUUGCUGCUCUCGCUUUCUCCCUGUCUCUCUUUCUCUAGAGCUCAAGUCAGACUGUUAACAGGUAAGCAAAUAAAUUUUCUUAAGCCACACAGGUAAACACGACUGCCGACACGAACGCCCAAAGCAGAGAGUCGUCUGCGUCGUCGACGAAGCAAUAAUUGAAACAAAAGUCGACGCAAUAAAAAUCAAUGAAAAACCAAGAGACCGCAGUACGUUUCCAGAAACUGUGGAAUGCUGACCAAGCUGCUUAAAAUUUGCUGCACAGCGCGGCAAUGCACAUUCGCCAAGCCAUUCGAGGCAAUGCCGGGCCCACGCGGUCCCUUUGGCUUGGGCAAUCUCCACAACUAUAUGCCGGGCAUCGGGGCUUACUCCUGGCUGCAGCUGCACAAGGCGGGCCAGCACAAGUACGAAAAGUAUGGCUCCAUAGUGCGUGAAACGAUGCUGCCGGGACAGGAUAUAGUGUGGCUAUACGAUCCGAAGGAUAUAGCAACGUUGUUGAACGAGCGCGACAGUCCACAGCGUCGCAGUCAUUUGGCAUUGGCGCGUUAUCGAGAGCAGCGUCCGCAGCUAUACAAAACGACAGGUCUGCUGCCCACCAAUGGACCGGACUGGUGGCGUCUGCGCUCGCAGCUGCAAAAGGAGUUGAGUGCACCGCGCAGCGUGCGCAAUUUUGUGCCAGAAGUGGAUGCAGUAACGCAGGAGUUUCUCAAGUUUCUGGAACAAUCUGGAGCAGGCACGGCCAUAGAUAUGCUGCCGAAGUUAACAAGACUGAAUCUGGAGCGUAAACACCAACACAUUGGCGCCAAUUCCUAAUAGCUGCAGUCACGCAGCUCACGGCUGAUGCAUGCAGCUGAGACGACCAACAGUUGCAUUCUGCCCACAGAUCAGGGCUUGCAGCUGUGGCGCUUUGUGGAGACGCCAAGCUAUCGCAAGCUGCGGCGGGCGCAGAGCUACAUGGAGAGCGUGGCCUUGGAGCUGCUGGAGCAGCGGCUGCCAGGACAAACCGAGCGUGCUUCAUUGAUUACAGCCUAUCUACAAAAUCCAGCGCUGGAUCAUAGCGAUGUGGUGGGCACAGCGGCGGAUUUGCUGCUGGCAGGCAUCGAUACCACUUCCUAUGCUUCGGCUUUUCUGCUUUACCACGUGGCGCGUCAUCCGCAGGUGCAGCAGCGUGUCUACGAGGAAGCGCUGAAGCUGCUGCCAGAUGCUCAGCAGCCGCUAAGCGCGGAGGCCAUGCGCACUGGCAUCACCUACACCAGAGCUGUGCUGAAGGAGUCGCUGCGUCUGAAUCCCAUUUCCAUAGGCUUUGGUCGCAUACUCAAUCAGGAUACAGUGCUCAGCGGCUACUUUGUGCCCAAAGGCACCACUGUGGUGACUCAAAAUAUGGUGGCCUGUCGUCAGGCGGCGCAUUUUCCGCAGCCGCUGCGCUUUCUGCCGGAGCGUUGGCUCACCCAGCGCUCUGCUCUCAAUCCUUAUCUGGUGCUGCCAUUUGGUCAUGGCAUGCGCGCCUGCAUAGCUCGUCGUCUGGCCGAACAAAAUAUGCACGUUUUGCUUUUGAGACUGCUGCGCAACUAUGAGCUCAUCUGGCGCGGCACGUCCGCCGAAUUGGACAUUAUAACGCUGUUGAUCAAUAAGCCGAACGCUCCAGUGCUCAUCGAGCUGCGUCUACGCAGCUCCACUUGAUUGAUUUGACGGGUUGAGAGUUACAUGUCUAGUUCAUUGUUUAAUUGCCUUAAGCACUUUAAAUUAAAGUUUUUUCCAUUUAUACAUUGUGGGUAUACUUAUGUUAGAAUUGUAAAUUAUAUUGCUAGUGUUAUUUUCAAUUAAAAAGGCUGCGUGUGUCAUAAUUUGUUUGGUCUAAAAAGUUAACUAAAUUCAAUUGUAAUACAAUAGCAAGGCAUAUGCUUGAAAUUCAUGUUUAGAUGCAGUGUGAAGUUGAGUGUAGGGUGCAUAUAAAAUUUGUAAAUGUUGUAGGGGUUUGCUUGCAGCAGGGUUGUCAGGGUUGUUUAAAAAUGUUUAUGUUACUUUAUGGCGAUUGUCGUUAUAUGAAUUUGUAUACAAUUUAAAUAUUUGCAGCCUCUUGCUAAACUAUGCUAUGGGAUUUUCCUUUUUGUGACUGCGACAACCCUGUUUAGCAGCAGUUGUUAAAUAGUUAAAUAUUAUAUUAAUUAUAAUUGGUGUAUAUGGCUUUCAAAAUGUUCUUUUUGUUAACUGUCUGGCAACGCUAUGCCUAGGUACAGUUACGCUAGCCUAAGCUCCAAUGCCG